AUAAAUAUAGAACUAGUUUCAACCAUACAAACUUUGACUUUGAAUCAAUACGUUAGCAAAAUGUUCGGCAAAAACUUCUUUCUGCUAUUCUGCGCAUUUAAUUUCUUGUUGGUGUUAUGUUUGGCCCGAUCUACACCAAACCAAAGCGUGACAGGCAGGCCUAGCUUGAGACCUCCAAUUGCAACCGGACGUCUAGAAGGUCCUGGAGGCCCAAGAGGUCCUGGUGUACCAGACAGUCAACAGAGGGGUCCCGGAGGACGUGGUGGUAAUGGUGAAAGUGGAAGACACCCUGGAGGUUUACCACGUAUACCUUAAACAAUAAAAAAUUUGUUGAAAAUUGA